AUGAAGGACGAAGAGAAACAGAAGAUUGUGAAGCCGAAGCUUUUCCCCGACUCGCCCCUGUUCGCCCAGUGGGGCGACGAACUCACAGAAGAGGAGCAGAAGGAGGCCGAGGGCCUUUUCAAGAUUUAUGGAUACAACGUGUUCCUGAGUAACCGGCUACCUCUCGACCGAGAGCUGCAGGAUACGAGAGACAAGAGAUGUCUGGUGAGGAUGAGGAGAUAUCCCAAACAGCUGCCGAGCAUCAGCGUGGUGCUGAUCUACAUAAACGAGGCUCUUUCUGUCAUCAAGAGGGCGAUCCGGAGUAUCAUGCGGCACACGCCGGGGCACCUGCUGAAGGAGAUCGUUCUGGUGGACGACUGCAGCACCUACAACGACCUGAAUACCCCGUUAGACGACUACAUAGACCUAAUAAACGAAGAGAGGCCCGGACUCAUAAAGAAAGUUCGCCACGAGAGACAAAUGGGCUUGUCCCAGUCGCGGAUCUCCGGCUGGAAGGCGGCCACGGCUGACGUCGUGGCCAUUCUGGACGCCCAUGUUGAAGCCACCGUGGGAUGGGCGGAACCCUUGCUGGCCAGAAUCAAAGCGGACAGGACCGUGGUGGUCUCCCCCGUGUUCGACAAGGUCCAUUUCGACGACCUCCACGUGGAGAGAUACGGCCCGUCCGCUCACGCCUUCGACUGGGCAUUGUGGUGCAUGUACGAGUCCUUUAGCCCUGCCUGGAGAAAGCUGAACGACGAAUCGAGACCUGGGAAGAGUCCCUCUGUGAUGGGAAUCUUUGCGGCAGACCGACUGUUUCUCGAGGAGAUCGGUGGCCUGGACGGUGGAAUGACGGUUUACGGGGGAGAAAAUGUGGAGCUGGGCAUUCGUGUUUCUCACGUUCCUUUCGUGACAGUGGCGGUCUCCAUCUUUCAGGUGUGGCUGUGCGGAGGGAGGGUGGAGAUCGUGACCUGUUCUAAGAUCGCCCACAUCGAGAGGGCGCACAAGCCGUAUGCGCCGGACCUCAGCAUCGCCAUGAGGAGAAACGCCCUGCGGGUGGCGGAAACAUGGCUGGAUGACUACAAUAAAAAUGUUUACAUUGCCUGGAACCUUCCUUUGAAGAACCACGGAAUCGAUAUAGGUGACAUUUCUGAGAGGAAGAAGCUCAGAGAAAGCCUGAAAUGUAAACCUUUCCAGUGGUACUUGGACCAUGUCUAUCCCGCUCUGGAAAAGUGGGAUAAUAUCUUGGGCUACGGUGUGCUGAGUAACAGCCUACUGAAGGACGUCUGCGUGGACCAGGGGCCCAUUCCAGGAAACAUCCCCGUCCUGUACGGGUGCCACCGCAUGCAGCCGCAGCUGUGCUACUACAACACGGACGGUGAGAUUUAUGUGGGGGGGAUUAAAUCUCACAAGUACAACACGAACCGCUGCCUGGUAGAUCCCGGGUCGGGAAGCAACCCCACCCUGCAGGACUGUCAGGUGGCGAAGGAGAACAAGCUCAGCAUGCACUGGGACUUCAAACAAGGCCAAGCCAUCAGAAACAGGGAGACAGACCGGUGCCUUGAGCUGGCUCAGGGAGAGGACUCGUACUACCACCUCAUCAUUCAGCAGUGCUCCGGACAGAGCUGGACGAUAGAGCACCUCUUAACAAGCUCUUAG